AUCAACAUCAUCGCGAUGAUCGUCGCAGCGAAAGCUAGAUAUACAUGUCUCUCUGCUUCCGCCGUGUCGAACAGUCGGCACGCCUUCUUGCUCGUCAAACCUACUCGUCACUCACGAUGCUUCACAAGCACAGGCUCAUCAUUGCAAAAGUCCCUCUCCAUUGAUGGAAAGUCAUAUGUUUCCGAUGAAUGGACGAACGUCCCUUCGACAAUCCUGGCGCAUUACGGCCGUCGACUACACGUACAACCUGACCAUCCGCUUUCAAUAACAAGGAAGCUGGUUGAAUCGAGAUUCCCAGGAUUCAAAAAUCACAAUGAUCUUCCGCCAGUGGUGACUGUUGACCAGAAUUUCAAUUCCUUGGGUUUCACGGCGGAUCAUCCGGGUCGCAGCAAAACCGACACGUACUAUGUCAACAAGGACACGGUUCUACGAACGCACACGACUGCCCACGAAGUCGAUACCUUCCGCGCUAACCUGAGCAACGGCUACACCAUCUCGGCCGACGUGUAUCGUCGAGAUGCAGUGGACCGAAGUCACUAUCCCGUCUUCCAUCAAAUGGAAGGCGCACUGACAUGGGAUCGUAACGAUUUUGCAUCUCGUGAGGCUUUGACUCAACAGAUCAUUGCAGAUCUGCAGAGCGUGCCGAAGCACGAUCUGAAAGUGGAAGAUCCUAAUCCCGCAUUCCAUGCCGAGCGCAACCCCUUACAGACCGAAUUUCAUACUGCGGCUGAGGCAGAAGCUAUUGCGGCUCACUUGAAACGCUCAUUAGAGGACAUGGUGGUCACAAUAUUCGCAGAGGCAGACCGAGCGCUCACCGCAGCUGGGAAUGACGAAGCGAGGGAGCCGAUAAAGGUCCGAUGGGUCGAAGCUUUCUUCCCACACACUUCACCAUCGUGGGAGAUGGAAGUGUGGUGGCGCGGCGACUGGCUCGAGGUUCUCGGCUGUGGAGUCAUUGAUCAGCCCCUGCUCAAUCGAGCAGACGUCUCAUCGAGGGUGGGAUGGGCCUUUGGCAUUGGGCUUGAGCGAAUUGCCAUGCUUCUGUUUGGCAUUCCGGAUAUCCGGUUGUUCUGGAGCCACGACCAACGAUUUCUGAGUCAGUUCGAUGCCGGGAAGCCCAUACGGCGAUUUCAACCAUUCAGCAAACAUCCCGCAGCGCCUCGAGAUGUCGCAUUUUGGCUACCGGCAUCGGGGCCCGUCAUUGCUGCGGGUCAGCAACCAAUUUUUCAUGAAAACGAUCUCAUGGAGAUCGUUCGCGAUGUUGCCGGGGACAAUGUCGAGGAUGUGGUCCUCAUCGACAGCUUCAAAUCUCCCAAGACUGGCAAGCAAAGCCUAUGCUACCGAAUAACGUAUCGGAGCUUAGAAAAGACGCUCACGGGCAAGGAAGUGAUGGAAUUCCACGAUCAGAUCGGCCGCCAGCUCGUCAGCAAAUUUGAUGUCGUGCUGAGAUAGAUAGGCCGUGGGGACUUUUUCAAUCGAAGCAUUGUAUAACAUAGCUUGGGCUUCGCAUAAUUGUUCUCGGAGCCUGGCAUGUAUGUAUGUAGAAAACGUAUAGUGUGUCAUUUAUUAAUCGCGUGUCAUCGUGCAGGCCCGAUG